AAAGGGAGCUCUACCAUGUCCUGUCUCCCCUGAGAGAAAGGAUGUCUGCUCAGGUCCAGACACCCCACACUGCAGCAGCACCAGCAUUCUUUUGGUAUAAACAGGGAGCCAAGUCUGCUGGUAUCAACGAGCCAGUGAUUUUAGGCUUGCUUUCGAUAGAAUGGAAUGAGAAGGAGGACAGAGUCGGGCACAACACAUUUGCCUUGGCUGGAAGCAGAAACCAGACCUUCAGCAUUUCAUUCAAGCUACACAGAAACAUCCUUCAGCGCAGCCUAUUGCAAAGGCAUGACACUCUCUGCAGAAAUGGGACUGGGCAUGCCUGCCAGGAGCCUUGAGGAGGAUACUCUCCCAUUUACCGAGGCACUGCAUCAUCUUCCAGGCUGACCCGAGUUGCUGCCAGUGUUUACAGAGACACCGAGAAGCGUCACAGCCCCCUGGCAGAGGCAGCGGAGCGCGCAGGCUGCCGCCGGCAGCUGUAGCGUGUCCCCAGGAGCCGGGGACAGGCGGGCACACACACGGGCACGGACACGGACAGGGACAGGGACACGGACACGGACACGGACACGCGCGGUGCGUGCGCGCAGCCCGCCGAGGUAAGUCCGGCCCCCAGCAUCCAGCGGGGCCAUCCUUCUGCUGCUGGAUUUUUCCAGCCGGAGCAUCCUGCCGGCUCUGCCGUGAUUUAUGGAAAGCGGUUUCUGACGCGCGGCUUUUUCUAUUACGACACGGACCCACGGACUGGAGGAGGCAAAGCUGCGGUCAGGGCAAGAGAAGUGAGGGAGGGGAAGAGGCGGGGGCAGAGGGAUACGGAGGAGUGGAGAGGACAGAGGGAGAAACAGGCACCGAGACACUUCAGAGAUGGGUGAGUUAUAACUAAGAGAGCAGGAGGAAAGGCAGAGAAAGGAAGAGAAGGCGAGCCGUGAGGAAGAGAAAGGGAAAGGAGAUCAGAGACUGAGUCAGCUUCCAGAGGGCAAACACCAGCAGACGAGUUCAGGGAAUACCCCAGCACACCAAGAAGGACCUGUUCUGUCUGAAUCUUCACCAUGAGCACAAGGAAGAGCUGCCCCCUGCCACUGUGGCAAGGAGACCUGGAGGAGAAGCAGAGUGAGGGUAUUCCCGAGCUGGAGCGAGAGGAGUGUGAGAUGGAGCUGAGGAACAAAGCUAUUCUGCAACAGAAGAGGCGCCUCAAACAGGCCACCCAGUUUGUGCACAAGGACUCUGCUGAUCUGCUGCCCCUGGAUGGCUUGACAAGACUUGGCACCUCCAAGGAUCUGCAGCCUCAUAGUGUGGUCCAGCGGCGCCUCUUGGAAGGCAACCUGAACAAGCUGCGGGGCGAGGCCAGGGGCCAGUCUGCACGGGUUCAAUCUCCACUGGCAAAAGACCAGGAUGAAAAGAUGGAAAAGGGAGAGGACAGAAGAAAAGAGACUUCACCCCUGAUAAUACAGUGCCAGUGCCAAGGUCAGGCAUUGAAAGCAACUGUUAACACUGGGUGUCUACCAAACCUCAUCUCCAAGAGGUGUUUAAACCAGCUGGGGCUGGAAGAAGUGUCUGCCAUGGACUGUGGAGACCUCUCUCUUCCCAUCCCCAGCGUUGUGGGCCGAGUAGAACAUUUGGAAUUGCAAUUUGGCCAGGAGACAGUGAUGUGUUCAGCACUGGUUGUAGAUGAUGAAAUGCUGGAGUUUUGCAUUGGCCUCCAGACUCUGUUGUCUCUCAAGUGUUGCAUCGACUUGGAAGAAGGUGUCCUGAGAUUUAAAGCACUGAGUGAGGAGCUGCCUUUUCUACAUGCCUCUGAAGAGCCUGGUCAGUGACUGGCUGCAUUCCCCAUGUCUGGAGACUUGCUGCCAUGAGAGACAGAUGAGGGUGAGGCUCCCAUGCCCCUAACCUUGCUGAGUUCUAGGCUGAGGCAUUCAAUGAGGAGUGAGAAAAAGGCAAGUGGGUGCUGGAAGCUGUCACUGGGAGUGCCUCAACUUGAGAUAUCCCUCCUUUCAGUGGACCCUCUUGCUUGUCCUGAUGUGCUGAGUGGGGAUUUUGUUCUUGUUCUGCUAUUUGGCCCUAGUCACUCCAAUUUCUGGUUCUGUGAUAAAUUUAUGCUACCCCUUUAAUGACUUUACAAUAUACUCUGUUCACAUGAGAGUCUCUGUGAACAAUCUCCAGCUGUUCUAUUGACAGGAGAACAUCAAAAACCUCCAAAGAUUACCACAAAUGUUUCCCUUCUCGUUGCCUCAAUGCCAGCAUGCCAGUUCUGUUUCUUUGUCAGAAGGGCUCUGUUCUCUUUGUCUGUACUCUGGGAAGCUGGAUUUUGCUGCUUUUUGCUGGCUCAGAGCAGAACAGAAGUAUUUUCUUAAGCAAACUGUGGCAAAAACAGUUUUAGAGUUCUCAGUUCUAAGAAAUGUUGAGUGCAGACACCUAAAGCGCUGACAGGGGCUUAGGCUUUGCCAUUGCAUCUCUGGGCUCUAAGCUAUAUUAUAUGAAUGGCAAUGCUUACCAUCUCUUGGUGUAUACCCUGUAACCAGACUUGCACACCCUGUUCUUCUGGCCAGGCCACUCCUCUCUGCACUCCAGCUGCUAGAGCUGCAUCCCUGUUCCCUCUGCUGCCACUCAGUUCAAAUGCUGCGAUGAAUUACAGCACCAAGUCUUCUGCUCUGUCAGCUCCUUUCUUCCAACUUGAAACCCAGUGUUUAAACACAGACACAUCAUCAGCCUUGAGUCCUGGCAUCACACAGCCCACCAACUUUGCUUCUCUUGCACAAAAUGAUAAUUUGUAGUAUCAACUCAGGUUAGAGAGCUGUGAACUCAUCUGGAAUACUAAAGGUGAUUAUUAAGUCACUUAACAAUUUGGUUUAUUUAAUUUCUUUCUUUUCUCUUUAAUUUCUAUACUAAAGCAUAGCUAUAUUAAAAAUACAUAAUCUAUUCUUAACUAGCUCUAGGAAAAAUGCACUAGAUCAGGGCUUGUUCCAUGCCUCAUGGCUACUGAUUCACUACCCAAACUGCAAAAUAUACCUUUAUCCACCUUUAAAAUGCUAUGACAACCCCAUUUUGCCUAUUUUUCUGGAUUAAACACCGCUGACUCUCUUCCUUUUUUAUCAAACUGGUCAUUGUCCCUGUUGUGCUUCUCAAAACAAGUGUAUAGGCAUUUUUGCCUUUUUUGUUUUUGUUUUGUUUGGUUUUUUUUUUUUUUUUUUUUUUUUUGUUAGUUCUUUUCUCUAUAGCUGUAUGCUGUAGUUUAACACAUGUUAAGGACAUCAGAGUAAAGCCUGGCUGAUAUGAUUUGGGAUUCACUUACCAGCAAAUGGUUGGUGUGACUGGCAUCUGCUGCUCCUAGAAGGAGCAGCAGACUUUUACUGUUAGUCAUCAUAUCUUGCAGCUUCUGAUACAUUCCUUGACUUCUCUGCCACUCUUCUACUUGUGCAUCUAUUCCUGGCUGCAUGAACUGCUUUCCGUGAAUCUCUUGAGUGACACCAAUGGCUCUCUCAUUUAGUCAGGAAAACAUGCCUGCUCAAUGAGCCUGUCUUCCCAAGUAGCAGUAAUUCCUCCUGGAUUUGUAUCACUUGCAUGCCUGACUGGCUUCUCAGAUCUCUCUCAAGGAGUCUGAUAGCUCACACUUGUACUAAACCAUCUUGUAUUCUAGCUGCAGUCUAUGUAGUGCCUGGGCCAAUUCUGCUGACAAAAUCCUUCUUGUGAUAGACAAAACACCUGUUGCUAUAUCCAUCAACUCACCCGGUUUCCAACUCUCACUGCCCUCUAAAAACAGCACGUAGAACAAGGGCAAAUAAUCUAUACAUACAGAUACCAUGUCCAUUACAAAUCUUAUUAAUUUCUACGAUCCAUUUAAAAAAACCCUCUAAAUCACAACCCAAAAGCUGAUUUUGACCCUAACCCAAACAAUAAACCCUAACAAUGACCCUAAAUCUAAGAUGUAAGGCACUAAAUCCUAAUCCUAAAUUUAACCCCUAAAACAAACUCUAAAAUUUAAUGCUAAUUUUAACACCUAAAUCAAAUCUUGAUCUCCUAACUAUGAAACAUAACAUUACAAAUAACCCCUAAAUUUACAUCAUAACCCAAACAUUUAUCAUAUGACUUUAAACCCAAGACAGAAACCUAAUCAUAAAGACAUUAACUAUAAACCCUAAUCCCAAAACCUAACCAUAAUCCCCAACCCUAAACUCUAACCAUGAUGUUAAUCCCAGCCCCUAAACCCAAAUUCCAAGGCCUAAACCUAACCCCUAACUCUCAACCCCAAACCAUAUAACAAAACCUAACCCCAAACCCCAACUCCAAACAUAUCCCUAACCCUACACCUAACCACAACCACCUAACCCUAUCUGAUGGCUUUUGUCAUUCCCUCAAGGGGCCUUGCUUCUCUCCAGAGUGCCCUGGGGCUUUUGCUGAGUUUUGCUUUGCCCUGCAAGGGGCCCUGCUGCCUUUCAGUGUCCCGGGGCUUUUGCCAGGCUUUGUGAGGCCCAUACGGGGCCCUGCUUCCCUGUGGAUCACCAUAGGGCUUUUCUUGGGCUUUGCUGAUGCCUAGGCAGAUCUCUGCUGCCUUCCAGAGUGUCUGACAGCUUCUGCUGGGCUGUGCUGGUGCCCACAAGUACAUGGGAAGGGGAGGGCCACCAACAGCUCCAAGUCCUGGCCACUUCCUCAUGAGAGCAGCACCUGGUGUCAGUUUUGCAGCUGGGUCCUGGCUAGGGCAAGGGUGUAGGUGAAUAGGAGCCUUCAGACUGAAGCCAACAGGAAUCUUUCCAAUUAUUUUAAAGGAGUGUUGGAUGGGAUCCUACAGAAAACUGCCAUGACUUUCAACUGACAAUUCUGUUUUGACUACUGCCUGUCACUUGCAGCCCUGCAGAUACUGCACACUAGCUGAUGCUGGAAUUCACCAGGUGCUGCUCCUACAUGUCUGUCUUGGAAUAACUGCUUUUGCUCACAUGCAGAAUGUCCUCCAGCCUUUCUGUGGUUCACAUGCCUCAUAUCCUAAACCACUAAGAGUUCAGGCUCAUCUGUGAAUUGAUGUGCUACACUAGGUGAAAAUGUCCAGCCCUAUCUAUUCCUUUUUUCUCUGCUUAGUGAUUCUUUCUUUGCAUCCUCCUUUUCUUCUGCUCACACUGGUAAGUGAUGAAUUCCCUUCAAAAAGGAUUCUUUCCUUUUUAGAGAAUCCUUUUAACACUUGCCUUGUACCCUGGAUGCUACAAUCCCACAUUGUGCAAUAAUCUUGCCAGCCUUUCCUCUUUGUUGUAAACAACUGCAUGUAUGAAUUCUCAGUCACAGAGAGGAUGUUUCCAAGAAAGCACUAAAUUAGUGGGAGUUCUUUUUGCAGCUCUGAAAUCAGCUCCAGGGCAGAAGACAUGCUCUUCACCUUCCUCCUUCAGUUGGACGCACAGAUCCACUCAGUAGAAGUCUCUUUUGUCCAGACUUUGAGGAAUACGUUGACAACAGUUAUCUUGGAAUCUCCCCAUCCAACUUUGCUGCAGGCAGACCUUCCAGAAAAAAGCCCCAUUUAUAUGACCAAAUGAGAACUGCAGGUCAUAGUGCCAUGGCAGACACCUCACUUCAACCCAUUCACUAAAUCACAGUCUAAUCCUGCAGGGCCAGUACCUGCUUUCCACACCAACAUAGCUCCUGGUGGCUUUUCACCUCCCCAAGUUACUUGGCAUAAAAUAACACACUGUUACUGCAUUUGACCUGUGUAUUCUGAAUUCUAGCCCACAAACAUUUUCCUUUCUCCAAAGCAUGUUUGUCAUUACAUCCAAAACACAGCCUCCAUUGAGACAGAAGGAAGUCUUGGCUUUAAAAUGUGAUUGUAAAAUAGGACUUACAACAUCUUAAAGAAGCCAACUCAACUCCCAUCUACAAACAUGAUAAUAUUUAAGUCUUCCAACACUGGAAAGCAGAGUAAGUAUUUUUUUGAGUGGGCUGGCAAGGCUGAAGACUGUCUUAAUUGUAGUUUCUCUUGGAAAAGCCUAUUAUACAGAUACACUUCCCUACUCCCAAUUCCAGUCAUCUCUAUUGCUUUUGGGAUAUAAAGGGAACAGAGAAUAAUCUAAAGGUCUUUUUCACUGAAGAUCAAAAAAUGCUAACACUUUCAUACAGAAAGCAGAAGUUCAGUACAAACUGCCAGCUCAGAGCAGGACAUAGGCACAUCCUGCAUGUGUCCAACACUGGCUUCCUCAUGAUGAGGCAUUUCCCUUCAAUAUAAAAAAUGGAAUGUUAUUAUUUUAGGGAAAUCUCUCUGAACCACCUUGGUGGUCAGUUCCAGGGCUGCUUUCUCAUAGAGUGGGCACAGCAGUUGUGGCAAAGUCUGCAGGGAAACACCUGCCAUGGCAAAUCUCUGGAACAGUGUGCAACACACCCAGGGUGAGGAGAAGGACUUCUGUCCUCCCUGAGAACAUGCACUCUGCCAAAGCCACAAUCAUGACCAUUUCCAAGAGCUUGGGGUCACUUGGUUUUGAACAGAAUGGGAGUUGCAGGAUCCAUAUUCCCAGAGGCUUGCUCCUUCUUUCACUCCCAGCAGGUGAGCUAUGGCAUUGACAACCAUUGAGCCACACACGUACGUUUGCAUUCAAUCCUCCUUUCAAGAGACUCCACUGGCACACGCCAGGAUACACCUGAAGAGUUAUAGAAAUAACUAAAUUAUAGCAGAAAGAUCAUAAAAAUGAGGGCAGGGAUGGAGAGCAUGUUUAUUACGUCUCAGGAAAAUAAGGCAACCCUCUCCCUUUAUUUUUUUGCUAGUAAAUUGAGCAUCAGAACCAAAGCCAUGAAUCAUUUAUCUGCAAAUACCCCCAGUGCCUGAGAAUACUGUCAGACUCCUCACUUGCUGUGUGCUGGCACUGGGAUGUACAAAGGUGUCCUGCAAAGGUGUCCCUGUUGAAAAGUUUCCCAGCACCAGCAAGUUUUGCCAAUCUGCUAGAGUAGGAUACAGCAAACAUUUUCUGCUGUGUGGGAAGGAACAACUUCUAAUUCCAACUCUGUGUCGGCUGGCAAGAACAAAGAGACAAUUAGUUACAAAGAAAGUAUAAUGUAACUCCAUCACUCCAGAGGCAGAGCCUUAAGUGGCUCCUUUCCCGAGAAGAUGGACACUUCACAGAAAAACUGUUGCCAGUGGAAGUAGCCUGAGUAACAGACUUCAAGAAGUAUUUGGCACUUAGGAGCUCAAGGCAGGAAAAAAUAAGGAAAGCCAUCUUUUGGCCAAGGAAUGGUACAGAUGUAGACACUUUUCAUUUUCUCUUGUGCACAAGAGGCACAAGAGCAAAAUGCAUCUGCAAGUUAUUAUGUGCUGCACGCAAUACAAAACUGUCAGGGGAAGCCCUCAAAUGUUAGUAUUUUUCCUCUACAAUGGUUUUUAAAAGCUGGAAAGUUUUGGGGAACAGAUGUUUUUUGUAGUGUCUGUAUUUUCUCACCUCUGCUUUUCGUAGUGUGCAUUGCCUGGGCUUGUACAGCAAUUUUAUCCUCAGGCCAGUAAAAGAGGGUUGGGGUGCACAAUAUUUGCAAGGCUUUUGCCCUAUUUUCUUUUAAAGAUGGUUUUUAGAAAAAUGUCAUCUCUUCCUCAGCAACUGUUUCCCAUUCUUUCUGAACAAUUAAUAGUCCAACAGUUUGACCUUCCUUUCUUGGAAAUCAUUCAACCUGUACAGCAGUUUGUUUUACAUAAAACAGUUCCAGCCAUAUGCACCUAUUUGUACAGCCCUUGUGCUUGUGCUGCUAAUAAAGAUUUAUAUUUGGUGUUGCUAAUAAAGGUUUAUAUUUGGCAUGGA